CACACACACACAAUCUCGCUGUGUAUUAGAGCUUCUCUGAUUUUUGGUCAUUUCGUCCCUGACACUCGAUUGAGGAACAUCACACACUCACAGUAAAGUAAAGUAAAGGCACGGUAGAGAGGGGUUUCCCUAUGACGUCACCCACCGGCGAAGCCCCGCCCCCUCCUCGUACAACACACAGAAACUGGUGGUUCCCGUUUUCGUUCUCGGAUGCGCGCGCGAUACCGACUGUCUCUCUUCUGCUCGGUGGAAAUGCUUCGUGGUUAUCUGUGGCACUGGCAACCCGAGGUCUUAGACAAUGCUCUGGUUCCAAGACAAAAUACUUUUACAGUCUGGAAUGAGAGUCUUUUUCUGAUCGUAUCCUCUUAAUUGUCUUUGCUGGUGCGCCAAAACUUCAGAACAUUCAAACAUCUUGUAAAAAGAAGACAGGAGCUGUUUUUAAAAUGUUCCUGUUAGUUGGCAUCUCAGCGCUACUGCUAGUAAGCGCAGAGAAAAGUCCUGUAGAAGUGUAUCUGCAAGGGAUUGUGGGUAGAAGUGUACAUAUGCGCUGUGUUCUGGACGGCCCACACAGCAUUGAUGGGGUUUACUUCCAGACGAAAGACAGUAAUGGAAGUGUGGUCUUUAUCAACGGGUAUUACUCCAAUAAACCGAUUGAUUUAAGAGAUGAGUACGUAAAUCGCACCAUCAUCAACAAAUCGCAACUCAGCAUGGAACUUCUCAACCUCACUCUAGACGAUAUGAGAGAGUACGAGUGUAUCCCAUUGUCCUUUAAAGAUGAAAAAAAUAAAACCAAGUUCCAUCUUACAGUUACAGCUAACUACAGCAUUCCCAACAUAACUGUCCACGGUUGCGGAAUCGACCCAGGUGCCCAUAACUGCGUGAUUACUUGCUCCUCAUCAGGAGGAUUCCCCAAAAGCAAUGUUACCUGGAAUGUGGCUGGGGGCAACAUGAGGAGGGAAGAAGGAGAACUUGUAUUAACGCAAGACAAACAUUUAAAAGUUUGGAACGUGACUCAGUAUGUUGCGCUUAACUGCAGCCGAAUGCUUAACAUAACCUGCUCUGUUGGGGGAGUUGUGUCACAGGCUGUCAGUGUGUGUCUACCUGUGCAUGUCAUCGACAUUACAACAGUUGCGUGUGCAGUGCUGUUGCUGGUGUCCUUUGUAAUUGUGAUUAUUGUUGUCAUAAAGUGGAGAACAAGACCGGUCAGAAUACCCUCAGAAAAUCGCGCAACAGAUGCCGAGCUUGCAAGUUUAAACUCAGGUCAGGCUGGAUGAACACGGCAAAACACACACUUUCUGAAAACUUGAACUGAAGGUCCGUGUGUGUGUCUGUGUGUGUGUUUGUGUGUGUGGUGGGCAGAUGAAGGAGCAGAUGGGCCGACCGAACGUCUACACACACUCUCCAGCUAACGGACAAGUGCAAUUUAAAGUCAGACUGUGGCUACUGAAAAGACAACCGCAGUACAACUCUUAAACUUUUUUUUUUUUAGCUUUAGGAAAACAUUUUUUUUUCUUUUUAAAAACUUUUUUAAUGAAAUGUGAUAUUUCAUAUUUGACACGAUGAUAUAUUAUAAGACUGACAAUGUUAGCGUGCAUGAUUCAGGCCCGUAACAGAUCAAUUAGCUUUACAGUAAAAUAACGUUUGUGUAGAUUAGCUUAACACUCGUCCAGUAUAGAAUUUAUCUUGGAUAACUUAGACUGCAUUUAUAGACUACAUUUGAGAUGCCAUUAUCUACAUGGAGAUAUAAUCACUUAACAUAUCGGCUUGCUAGCUAGCUAGCUACUGUAGUGCAAACAUAGUUUAACGGGAAAUCAAUUCAAGACAGACAUGUUUGUGUAAAAACCUCUCAGGGAAAAGAAGUAUUAUAUUAUGUAUUUCUUUCUUAACCUUAAAGGGAUGGUUUAAAGUCCACAGGAUUUAUUCCUGUGAUUACUUUUAAAACAUGUACACUCUGUGAGAUGUAGUGCACUAUUUAAACCGUAAAUAUACCUCUCAGAAUAAAGAGCGCAACACUGGACAUCGGACACAGCUACACCGACGGCUGAUUCCAGAGUCGACUCAGUUUGGGAAUCGUUGGAAUCGAUUCGUUGAGUCGAUUCCUUAUAAAAGUUUUCUCUAUUCCAGAAACCAAAACAAAGGAGAAAAGUUAUCCAUCAGAAUUUGCAGUGCAAUAUUAAUUAAGUGCACGAUGCAGCUACAGACUGCCAUUAAACAUAUACUACUGAGCAGUGUUUUGCUAAUUUAUUUCUUCCAUGUUGAAUCUGACGAUCGGAAAAUAAAUGCCGAUGUUUUAGCACUAAAUAGUUCAACUCUGGAUAUUAACUAGCUAGCUACUAGUUAGUUAAAGUGGCUACGUUGUUUUCUAAUAUUUUGUUUAAUUUGGGCAUUUGUGGCACACAAAUUCAGCUGGCAAGUCAAAUUAGAGAGCAAAUGUCGCAAGCUAGCUAAAGUGUGCCUGAUUAACUUCCGACAGCUGCUUUGGCUAUGAGUUGUGGUUUAAUCGUUUGUUUGUUUUUGUUUUAAUGAUGUAUGUUAAAUGUUGGACGUGUGUUGUGAAGGCACGAGGUGUGUGUGCCAGCUACAUCGUCACUGUGUGGAAACAAGUCCUGUGCUUUGGAUUAGCACAGAACCCCCAGAGUGUUCCAGAACACUGAACAAUUUUUGCUCUACUACUUUUAAAUGCAUUUUACUGUUCAACUAAGAAUCAUUCUGUGAUCAUUCAUCAUACUGUUGAAUCGAAUCAUUCGCUAGCUAGCAUAAAUAGAGUGGUCUACAUGUUGAUACAUUCACAGUGUAGGCGUGGCUAAUGCUAGCAUUUUCCUAACGCUAGUUCUCACAGUUUUUAUUCACUUUAAGGAAAGUUCUCUAGAUUUUUUUUUUAUUAUUGCCACGCAUUACACGUACGUGUACUCGUGUGUGUACAUAUAUAUAUAUAUAUAUAAAACGGAGAUGCUUGGGAGUCUGUUCUAUGUUCUCCAUCAUCAAUUUACUUUAAGAACAAAAGAUCAUCUCUUCAGUGUGGACAUAAAAACACUGUGCUUGUACACAGGAAGCCUUAUGAUGUUCCUGAACGUUCUGAUGUUUCAUUUUGUAAAUGACAUUCGUUCAUUUAUGGCAAUUGUAUUUAUAUCAAUAAAAAUAUUCGUUUUUUUUUUAAAA